UUUACUAUUGUAUCUUACAUUGAAGAAAUCAAUGUAAAGUAACAGAAUCAGAGAUUCGGGAUAUUCUGAAGUCUAGUAAGAGUGUAACAAUAGGCUAGUCCGCGGACGGCCAACUGGGAUUUGGGUGGAAACUACAAUCGCUGAUGUGUGUAGGAGGAGCUAGGCGCCUCGGAUGUGAUAACAUGCUUAUUUUUCCAUCACCACUUUAUGGUUAUCGAAUUUAUUGCCCGUCAUCGGAUCAAUAGGUGUUUCGGGUCUCCGAAUGGAUUUUUUAAAAUGAGAAAUUACUGAAGAACACAAUUUCCAAUGUUGGCAGUGGGCGACUCGCUGCUUCUUGUUUGGAAUAUACUCCUGCCUUCCGAUUUCGUGUCGUUUUGAUUAUGGAAACGUGUUUUUUGAGUCACGUAGUCCUAUCCCGUAUUUUUCUUGUGGUCCUUUUGAUCGUUCUGAGGCCCAUCAAUGCGUGGACGUACACCUCCAGCACCAACGAUAUGGAUAGGACACUGGUAACGAGGGGAUACUUUUCUCCCAGCGUUACGAACUCUGAAGAAGUAACUGCCUUACCAAAAUACUUGUUUACUACUUCGGGAACUUCUAAAGACUUUAGGGAGGUAUCAUCGCCAUCAACUGGAACAGAACAAUACCACCGAGUCCGGCAUUCUGAUGACAAUGAGACCCGGACAUUGAGUGAAGACAAAUUAGCCACUGAACAAAACACGCAUCUCUCCACGGUCUCAACCCGCGGGGCAUCAGAAGGAACCCUUAGUUUGUCGAAAGAGCAGAUGAGCUCUACCAUUGUAGUGUCCACAGAGGCUACCACACAUUGGGAAGACCAGACCAGACUAGCACCAGACCACCUACUAGAGACCUACCCUGGGCUUCGAGUGGACCUCAGGUCUGUGACACAAGCCAGACUCUCUCAGGACAGCCCAGAUGCUGACAGCAGUCUCAGGCAUGACCAGUCGACGAACCGAGGCACCGUGGGUCUCAGGCAGGACCAGUCGACGAACCGAGGCACCGUGGGUCUCAGGCAGGACCAGUCAACAAACCGAGGCACCGUGGGUCUCAGGCAGGACCAGUCGACGAACCGAGGCACCUUGGGUCUCAGGCAGGACCAGUCGACGAACCGAGGCACCGUGGGUCUCGGAGAGGACCAGUCGACGAACCGAGGCACCGUGGGUCUCGGAGAGGACCAGUCGACGAACCGAGGCACCGUGGGUCUCGGAGAGGACCAGUCGACGAACCGAGGCACCGUGGGUCUCGGAGAGGACCAGUCGACGAACCGAGGCACCGUGGGUCUCGGAGAGGACCAGUCGACGAACCGAGGCACCACGGGUCUCCGAGAGGACCAGUCGACAAACCGAGGCACCGUGGGACUCGGGCAUGGGCAGUCAACAGCCACUCUCAGACAGGACCAGUUGACAGACCUAGGAACCGUGGCUCUCCCCAUCCCCGUCCAAACUGACAGCACCUACAUCUCCUCCACUGUGAGUCGAGCGGGAGAGAGGACUUUACUGUCUGUGAUAUCCAACAACACUUCCAUGUACUCUGAGGACUCCAACUCCUCCUCCCAGUCCCGGGCCUCCACCUGGGACCUCCCGACUGGCCGCACUGGAGCCGGGGCUGGGGCUGUCACCAUCAGGAUACCCUUCACAGGACCUGAGCAUGGGCAUGAUGCUACAUCUGGGUCUGACUCUUACCACCACACCGACUCCUCACAGGAGUGGUCUGGUGGUUUCGCCUCCAGAGGGACCAACCCACUGACUGGACCUCUCAAUGUGACCCAACAGCAGGACCUCACCUCUCUGGUUUCAGAGGGAACCCCGAACUCCACCCCUCCGCUCAGGGUGGUUGAUAACCACAGCAGACGGGACACAGACACAACAGACUCUAGUCAGCCUUCCAGAGGCAGGACAUCCCAGACAGAAGAGGGGGUCUCUGCUUCAUCACAGCCCCCUGUGCUGUCGUCAGAAGAAGGCCCCAGCCACCCCAACACCUCUCAGGGAGGAGAAACAGAUAGAGAUUCUCCCUCCAUCCUAGUCACUGGGUCUGAGACCUCCACAAAGUCCUCCACAGGUCCCCCUAGCACCCGGGGGGAGCAGGGUGAGACAGAAGGGGUCCCUUCGCUCCACACAGAGGACAAUACUAUCCUAGGCCUGGGUCUUACUACCGCUCCCCCAACACUACGAGAUAGUACCACUGCCCUGGAUGACUCCCUGUCUCGGUUCCUCGCCACCCAGUCUCCCUUCAUCCCCAAGACUCAGCGGCCGCCGGUGGCCACAGAGGUCCUGGUGUCCACCACACCUGUUACCAUGACAAUAAAGUCACAGGUCACCGAGGAGGAGCCCUACAUUGUUACCAUGGCAACCAGCACCACACCGACCCCGCCUCUUACUACGACGAGGAUGGUUCAGCCCAGUACCACCACUUCCAUUGAGGCCCAGACUCAGCCCACCAUCAUCCCUACCACCACUACCACGGAGACUACCUUGGGUCUCCAGAGCUCUGCUUCCACCCCCCAGCCCCCGGGCACCACUCAGACUCAGACCCAGACCCAAGGGCCCUCAAUGGGGGUGAGCUCCACCGACGUCACCACCUUGCACCUGGAGACCAGCACGGCCACACAGGGGGACACCAUGGCCCACAGCAUCACCACCACUGCAGCCUCCUCCUCCUACAGUUACAGCGUCCCCACCAGAAACACAGUGGAACUACACACAACAGGGAAACACACUGACAGGGGGACCACUGAGAUAGAAGUGACCACCGCUCCAAUGGACAUCAGAUCUACACCGCAGACACCAGGUAGUGCCUGUGAGCCCGGCCCUUGUCUGAAUGGAGGUGAGUGUCUACCCUAUGGAGUGACUGGGUUCACCUGUGACUGUCUGUCAUCAUGGACAGGACCUACCUGCAAUGAGGAUGUGGAUGAGUGUGAGAGUGGCCCCUUGGGCCCCUGUCCCAGUGACUCUACUUGUGUUAAUACCAGGGGCUCCUUCAGCUGUGAGUGUCCCCUGGGUCUGGACAUGGAGCAUGGAAGAGACUGCACGCGAGCAAAAACUUUCCUGGGCACGUUCAGUUUCAACGUCCCCCUGCUCUCCAGGAGCGCCACACUGCAUGAGAUCCAGAGAGAGAUCAACCUGCUGCUGAAUGCCUCACUAUCAAUUCUGCGUGGUUACCGGCGCUCUUCUUUGAGUAAAAAAGGGGAGGACGGAGUUCGUAUCUCUGCUGUCAACAUGUUCUCCAUCUCUACUGAUGUGACCAGCUCUGAGGUCUACCACAUCAUACAGAUGUCUCUGAACAACUGUAACAGCACCGCUGGACACUGCCGAGUGGUGGUCACUCACCAACUUUCCUAUCAUGUUGAGAGUCUGUGUCUGGCCCAGAAUAUCCAGUGUCACCCUGAGCAUUCUUUUUGUACCGACUCCAAUGGGACAGCCUACUGCCAGUGUCAACCAGGGUACUUCAAACUCAAUCCUGAGGAUCAGUCCUGCAUAGAAUGUGGUGAUGGUCUGAAACGGGUCAAUGGAACCUGUGUCAGGUGCACAUUUGGAUUUGGAGGAUUCAACUGUGGAAAUUUCUACAAGCUGAUAGCUGUGGUGGUAUCGCCAGCAGGGGGUGGUCUACUCCUUAUUCUCAUCAUCGCUCUCAUUGUCACCUGGUGCAAGAAAGACAAGAAUGACAUCAAUAAGAUUAUUUUCAAAAGCGGAGAUUUUCAGAUGUCGCCGUACCCAGAGUUCCCGAAGAUUAACCGUGUUUCUAUGGAGUGGGGGAGGGAAACCAUCGAGUUGCAGCAGAACGGUAGCACCAAGAACCUGCUACAAAUGACAGACAUCUACUACUCUCCUGCUUUGCGUAACUCUGACCUGGAGCAUAAUGGCCUCUACCCGUUCUCCGGCCUGCCGGGCUCCCGUCACUCCUGCAUCUACCCCGCUCAGUGGAACCCUUCCUUCAUCAGCGAUGACUCACGACGCCGGGACUACUUCUGACGCCCAGCUACAGCUACGCCCAGCUACAGCUACGCCCAGCUACUGAAGAUCGACUGCAACAAAAACACUUCACACUGAUUUUGGAUCAUACGAUUUGAUCAUAUGAUUUGAUUACCGGUAUAUGUCACAAGCAAUAAUCCAUAAAUUAUAAAAGUUAGCAUGAAUUCAUAAUGUGUGGAAAAAUGUCUGUUCUGCAAAGUGAGUGUGUUUUUGUGUGUGCACGCGUAGACACCCAUUUGCCAACUGCUGUGAAUUGUAGAUUAACAAUAUCUUAUUUUAUUUCACUGAAAAUACAGGUUGAAAAGACAAGCUGCCGAACUUGUUUUGUGUGUGUGAAGUAUUGUUACAUUGGGAAGAUAUUUAACUACAUAUGAGAUGGAAAAACAUGUAUGCCAAAAAUGCUAUGUAUUUGUCAGAUGAGGAAUAGAUGCACCAAAGUGGUUUCAUAUGACAGAUUGAAUGAUGGUCAAGGUCUGCUGCAGUCUGUUGGUCUGAACAGUAGAACAGUUGUUAUUUAUUGAAUAUUUCAUCUGUUAGAAAUGUAUGAAGACAUUUUCAACAUCUUGCAUUGUAAGAGGGACUCAUACCCCACCCUAUUCUAUAAGGAUUAACAUCUGAAGUUUGGACCAUAAGAGUGUGUGUAUGAGAAUCUUGGAUGAAUUCAGAUCAAUCACCAUGCCAAGUUUCAGAUCUCGUUGAUUGUUUGCAUAAAUAUGUACUUUAAAAACAGCAGGCUUAAUUACAAAUAGAUGGAGUUUCCUUGUAUGUAUUUGUUGUCUUCCUUCUAAUAUGAAUGGUCUCUUACCUCUGGCGUUUUAGUCAGACAUGUAUUUAAUAAUAAAUAAGAUAAAGUUCUGUAAAACUGCCUAUCUGACUCUUUAAAAGUGCUCAUUCUGGGAAAUUGUAUUUGCAUGAUCACACUCAAACUUAGGGGCCUAUAUUCUUGAAGUGUAUCAAAGUAGAAGUGCUGAUCUAGGAUCAGUUCCCGCCUUUUUGAUUAUAAUGAAUAUGAUUAAAUGGCCAUGGGGGGGGGGUCCUGAUCCUAGAUCAGCAAAGCUUCUCUGAGACGGUUUAUGAAUACAGACUGUUGUUGAUCUCAUAGUGAUAUGGACAAUGUCCCAAUUAUCUGCUACUUCCUCCCAAAGUGUGCACUUGUUCACUUCCAAUCACUAAUUUAAAGGAAAUGACUGGUAUAAGAAAUAGUGUGGAAACUCCCAGCAGCCCAUGUCUCCACCAAUCUAAUGUUUUGGAUGUGUGGGAAGUGGUGAAAGAGUACACACUCCAGGAGAAAGGAGAUUAUAUUGGGAAUCACCCAUACUGAGCAUUUGAUCUACUUUCAUCUUCCAUGUGGAUGAUUUCUUCAUACAACACCAAGAUUAUUCCUGUCCACAGCUCUAUAUCAUAAAGACACAUCUAUACCACAAAAAA